UUUUAUGAAUAAAAAAUGCAAAAUCUGCACUAUAAUAUGCAUAAUAUACCAAAAUAUACACAAAAAUAUGCAAGAAAUUACAAAUUAUUCCCAAAAAUUUAUGUCGCGUUUUGCGACGAGAAAAGAAAAAGAAUAUUAAAAAAUAAUGAAUCACAUUUAAAUUAUUUUGUUUGAUUCAUAUUUAAAAAAUUUAUUUCGAUUUCAUUUUUUGUCCCACCCCCAAAAUAAUCAUUAUAAAAGACAAAAGCCUAUAUUAAAAAUACACACUUACAUUUCACAUUCAUUCAACAAAAAACUUAAAUUCCCUCUA